UGGGCUGCUCCACCGAUGGCCUCUUGCAAGAAAUGUCUCAUCAGUGGCAUAUGGCUUAUAUCCAGAAGAUACCCAGUUCCUGCAGUCCACAGGGGUACAGUGUAUAGAAUGAGCAGGCCCGUUUUAGAGAUCCAUCAGUCUAGAUGCUACUCUUCUGGAGGAAGAAAGGGUUUUAUAUCAGGUUUUGUGGAGAACAUCAAACAGGAAUUAGCAAAAAACAAGGAGAUGAAAGAAAGUAUUAAAAAGUUCCGAGAUGAAGCCAAAAAGCUAGAAGAAUCUGAUGCGCUUCGAGAAGCACGGAGGAAAUAUAAAACCAUUGAAUCUGAAACAGUGAAGACCUCAGAAGUGAUUAAAAAGAAACUUGAAGAAAUAACUGGUACAGUGAAAGAGAGUUUGGAUGAAGUAAGUAAGAGUGAUAUUGGCCGAAAGAUAAAGGAAGGUGUGGAAGAAGCAGCAAAAACAGCAAAGCAGUCUGCAGAGUCAGUGACAAAAGGAGGAGAGAAAUUAGGCAAGACAGCUGCCUUCAAAGCUAUUUCUCAGGGUGUAGAAACCGUUAAGAAGGAAAUAGAUGAAAGUGUUUUAGGGCAGACCGGUCCUUACAAACGUCCGGAGCGACUACGAAAAAGAACAGAAUUCUCAGGCGAGAGGAUUAAAGAGGAGCGAAUAUUUGAAGCCAAUGAGGAGGCCAUGGGUAUGGUGCUGCAUAAAGACUCAAAAUGGUAUCAGCAGUGGAAAGAUUUCAAGGACAACAAUGUGGUCUUCAAUAGGUUCUUUGAAAUGAAAAUGAAGUACGAUGAAAGUGAUAAUGCAUUCAUUCGAGCUUCCAGAGCUGUCACAGACAAAGUCACUGACUUAAUAGGAGGAUUGUUCUCGAAGACAGAAAUGUCUGAAGUUUUGACAGAGAUACUCAAAGUGGAUCCAUCCUUCGACAAAGAUCGGUUUUUAAAGCAGUGCGAGUAUGAUAUAAUCCCCAAUGUCUUGGAGGCUAUGAUGUCUGGAGAGCUUGAUAUCCUCAAAGACUGGUGCUAUGAAGCGACUUACAGUCAGCUUGCUCAUCCAAUCCAGCAAGCCAAAGCCAUGGGCCUCCAGUUCCACUCCAGGAUUCUUGACAUUGACAACAUUGAUCUGGCUAUGGGGAAGAUGAUGGAGCAGGGACCAGUAUUAAUCAUCACUUUUCAGGCUCAGGUCGUGAUGGUAAUUAAGAACCAGAAAGGGGAGGUGGUGGAAGGUGAUCCGGACAAGGUUCUGCGGAUGCUGUACGUGUGGGCACUCUGCAGAGACCAGGAUGAACUCAACCCCUACGCUGCGUGGAGGUUAUUGGACAUUUCCUCAUCGAGCACUGAGCAGGUUCUCUGAGAAGAAUUGCAUCCAAGGGCUUCCUGUACCUCUCUUGAAGCCACGCUGGCUCUGAACUGGCACCAGUCUGCUGUAUGAUGGACUGUGGGGGAAGAGGCUGGGUUGGUUCCUUUUCAGAAGAACAGGCUAUUCGGUGUGCCCUCGUUAUACCAAUCCCUGUAACAAACGGGACGAGUCUGACAUACCUGCCUUACGCUUUGCUGUGUAGAAUCGCACUGUAAGGAUGUACGGUAGAGUUCAACGUGAAUGGUCUGAGACACUAGCAGCUGCUGUUGGCUCCUUUAUUAAUUGUGGCUGAAGGAGGCUGGUUUGGGUCCUGUGUGGUUCCCAGUGCUUCCAGUGAUGGACAGUGGUGGGUGUUGGAGAGUGAGAUGUCACAGGUCUACAUCCCAUCUGCUGUUGUCCUCUGGUGGCCUCAAAGCAUCCCUGAGAAGGUCUUAGAGGUGCUUUAAGGCUCGGUUUUAGCUAACGUACAUCUCUCGCACAAGAUGCACCAAUAAGCCUUCUGUUGCUGCAGUGUCUUGCACUUUACUGAACCAAAUACAAUCAGGACUUUGCAUAUGACUCUCGGCUGGUGUGGGCAUCAUCAGGCAGGUUCUGGAGGCUGGUUGCAGGGGUGGAGUUUGCUGCCAGUGAUAAUAUUUACAUAUCCACAGCUUUGCAGGGGAAACAUUACUGUUUCUGGUGUUUGUUCAUUGCGUCAGCUGGUGCCACUAAAGAGCGCACAACUGCAUUUCUGUUGGGUUCUUCUGAUGGUGUGGAGGAGAGAGGCUGUAACCGGCUGUGAGGGAGCAGGCAGAGUGCUGGAACAGAGGUCAGGAGUAGGGGUGGACAGAGGAGCAACAAAGGAGUAAAUAAAAUGCAAUAACACACAGAAAAUCACCUCUUGUAGCUCAGGUAUUUAUGUGAGAUGGGAAAAGAGGGUGCAGCUCACACACCUCCUGUGUAAAGGUGCGUUAUGAGCGUGGCUUCACCAGCUGGACUUGUGUGUCAGGGGGGUCAGGGGGGUGGCCCCGUGGCUUGGGGGUCCCAGGUAGCCACUGGAAGAUGGCAGAGGGGGAGCUGCUAGCAUGCUCACACAGACUCUGGGAUCUCUGCUGAGGGCUCAGUUUGGGAGCUGUGAUGAGGCCGUUGAUGAACCAACCCACUUCUUAACGGAAAGUGAGGUUGGGGGAAGAAACAUUGAUUGUGGAGUAGGAAAUCAAAGGGUUGAUCUGCUGCUGUGUUCUGCCUGUGCACAAACCAGGGUGAUGCAGGACAGCACUUCCUUGACAUUAUGAUUAAAGAGAAUAAUUGCCAGUUCUUCCUUCUCUUGUGAGUGUCCGGAUCAGUUCCUUUGAAUGUCAGUGGGAUUAUCUCCCAGCCCUUGGGUGAGACAUUUAACUCUAGCAGCUUUCUUAGAGUGAGAGGCAAUAAGUGUGGCAAAUUCAAUAGCAGAGUCUGCCCUGUCUCCUUGGGAGAUGCCCAGACCUGCUGUCUGGUUGCCACGCUCGGUAUUUCUGCUGCUCUCAGGGCAGGCUGUGGGUGGGACAUGGUCCCUGCUGCCUCCCUCAUCACACAGUUUUCUCACUGGUGCUUUUGUCAGUGAAAUAACUUCAGAUUUUUACUCAGUAUCUUAAGCACUAGUACACAAACAGAAGAUCUGAGCAGAAUAAAUUCCACAAUGCAGAAAUUGGCUGUGAAAUAGGGAAUUCCUGUGUCUGCCUGCCUUCAGAAGUGGUGAUUUGAUGUUCAGGCUCUUCCAGGGACUGAUCCCAUCUCACAUCUCUGCACACAGGCUCUGUCAUGUGUGCAGAGACUUACCCUUGGUUUGAACACCAAGACCACUGAGUGCCAAUGCAGUGUUGACAGUGAAUGUCUUUGAGACGCUUUUUGAACCUCAUCGGGAUUGGGGAAAGUGUCAUCGCCAAGACUGUGAAAAAAUUGAGUCAGUGCCCUCGGAAAAUGAAGCCUGGUCACCUCCUGCCCUGCUUCCUCAGUAGCUGGAUGCAGGCAGUCGCUGAUCAGAGAGGAGUCUGCAGCCUGGGUACGUAUGUGCAACCUGUUGUCCAAGUCUUUUGGGAUGCUUCUGUGAAGCACACGCAAAACUUCCUUUACUCAGCGUCCUUUUCACUUUUGUUUAACUGGUGAUGGAGAAAAAAGAUCUGAAUUAAGAGGGUAAAACUUGUUGGUCUGCCCAGAACUGCAGUAACCCAGCCGUGGUGGGGCAGCAGUAUCUCGUAAUGGUUUGGCUUCACCUGUGAACACAGGGUCAGCCCUGCCUGUCCGCAGCGAGCAGAGGUGGCAGAGCUGGUGGUGCCUCAGUGAUGCUGCUGCUACAGAAAAUCCUUCCCGGAAGGGUGGGUUGCGGUGCUGGCUGCUCCCUGUGGGGACUUCUGAGAUGUUCCCUUCAGCUGCUGUCUUGCUCGCUAGCAGCUUUUCUCCAGAGGUGCAGUGGCAUGAGGGCAGUUCCUGAAAUUAAAUGAGAUUUAAGCCAUGGAGAAGGAGUGAGGGUUAACCACCCUAAACCCUGUACUGGUGGCUGUGGCGUUCACCAUAGCCUGGUCUGCAGCGUGGGUUUGCUGGUCACCUCGAGAUUCAAGGUGACUGUGCUGAAUCCACCUCUUGGUUUUCCAGCAGAAUUGGUGCAUGGUGUGGGGCCUGGGAGCUGGGGAUUGCUCCUCCCCAUGAGGGAGCUGCUGAGCUGCUCUCCUGGCCAGGUGGGAGAGCCCCAGGACCUGAGGGAGCUUCAAGAAGCAGCAGAAAUCCCAACUGCUGAAAUGAACCAUCUCUAAGCUCUGCCCAACGCUGAGAGAUCUGUGGUGGUUGUGGGAGAGGUGGAGGCUGUCACCGCCCGGCCCUUCCUCUCACAAACCUCUGCCCAAGCUCGGACUGGGAUGGAGCUGGGGACUCCGCACCCCACAUCCCUUCUGGACAGGGUUAGAGGGGCUCUGGUGGAGCUCCGGGCAGCUCGGAUCUGCUUUGCUUGGCAGAGCCUCGCUGUGAUGGGCUGGCAGUGGGAGCCUAGCUGCUCGCCAGGCUUCUGAAACCUCUUUCCCCACAUCUUGGGGGUCAUGAUGAGCAUGUGGGGAGGGGUGUCUGUUGGCAGGGUCCUGCCUGAGGAGGGGACCCAUUUCCCCUUGCCCUGGGACAUCCCUCAUCCCCAAACCCCAGCUGCUCUAUGCUAAAGGGACAGUAGAGAGAUUUCACUUGCUGCAUCUCAGAGGGAAGUGUAACUUAAUUAUUUUUUUUAGCUCUUGGGAUAAUUAAUUAUCUUGGGAUUUUAUAUUUUUUAAAUAACUACAAGCAGCAGUCUCCUGGGAGGUGCAGAUAGUUUGGAUAGGAAAGCAGUGCUCAGCUUGCACGUAGCAGGAGGAAGAUUUUAAAUUAUUUUUAAAUACUUCUCAUGAGUGAGCAGAUUUACAGUGGGCUGUAAAUAUUUUGCAGCACUGAGUUAUAGUAGCACUGCACAGGCCUGGGCUUGCUGGCAGCCACCACAGUGGCACUGCUGUAAAGGCACUGGUGCGUGGCGAAGAUCUUGGUGAUGCUUAUAAAUCUCUCUAAAGAAAGAUAAUGACUCAAAUUGGUAUCGGGAGAGCACCUGGGAUGGGGAGAUCUGCACUCGUGGGCUAUGUCUUGGGGCUCAGCCUCCAGCCUGUUCCACUGGGGAUUAAAUACAAUAAUUGUAAUAAUAUAAAGUGCUCUGGACCCCGUGCAAAGGGCAGUUCCAUGGGGCUGAAGGUCUUGCAUGGGGCUGGGCUUGAGCUGGAACCAAGUUAGCAGUGGUAGGGCAGGACCUCCGAAGGUCCAGUCUCCUGCAAGGAGCAGCCUGGUGCAGUUUUGGACAUGCCAAAGGAUGGACGUGGGACCUGGAAGUGGUUAAUCCUGGGGCCACAGGAUCACCGUGGCACACUUCAUCUGCCCAGUGCCUUGCGAGCCUCGUGUUGAAUGAAAUAGCUGGUACUAGAGUAACCCUCCCCUUCCUGCUUUCUCCCACAAGAACCAGUGCAAAGCCAAAAAUACGUACACGUAAGUGUCACUGUCCCUGGCUCCUUCAGCAGUCACACGCGGGCUGUGCGUGGUGUCAGGGGUGCAGGGAGGGAAUGGUCCCUGCAGAAAGGUGACUGAUGGAAGAGUGGAAAUACCUGGAAAGCAUCACAUCUUUCUGCCAGAGGGCUGGAAAUGAGGCUGGGGGUGGCUUGGGAGGAAGGCCUGAGCCUUUAGGGCUUCCCUGUCGUUGCUUUGAAGCACCAAAGGUCCCUUUGCCUAUUGAAUAGGAGCACGAGGGUCAUGGUGAGACUCAGGUAAUUCCCACAGCAGUCGUCCCUGCACGGGGGAAGAAGUUUGCCUUCGUGUUUGCCUUCGAAUGUUUCCCUUAUUCUUUUGCACAGAGGCGUUUCGAAAACUUUUCUGCUUGAUAAAGAGAUUUGAGAUCAUUGUGACAACACUGUAAAUCUCUUAAGUCAAUAGUGCGUUACCCACUUUAAUAAUUUCACCAUCACAUCGAUUCUACAUAUUGAAAAAAAAGAUUUAUGUCUUUUCCUGGAUUACCUACUGCCGAGAAGCUGUCAUUACUGCUGUUUCUCGCAACAACAAUUCUUCCCUCAGCCCCAAAAUUUCUUGUCCCUCCUCCAGCACCAGAGUCCCAUUUCACAGGUCUCGUUGCACUACAACUUGUGCAGAGGUUUAGAUAAUUGCUGUUUUUCUUGGCUGUGCUCUGCAAACCUAUUUCAUCGCUUGCAGGAGUAUCUUUUGCCAGGUACCGCAUGCGUGUUUGUGAAGCCUGGU